AGAUAAGUCGCUGGAGGACUUUUCCGGGAGGAAGCUGCAGCCAGUGAGACAGUGUAAAAAGUUGUCGGAAUGUAUGAUGUCUGAAGCAGACGUGCUUAAAUUUUCAGCUACAGUGGAAUAACAAAUUUACAGAUGGAUCUUCUUCAGAAUUCCUAUUGACAGAGGACAAAUUGUUAAUCGUUUACAUGUCAAAAUGAAAGGGUCAAAUCUUCUCCUGUCUCCUUUGCCGCCUCUCCUCCUCUUCACAAGCCUGACUGCGUUCCUCGCCAGCGCAGACAUACUUCCUAAUGGAACUAGCCCACAACAAGUUGGCCUGCACAAUGCUUCAUUCAAUGCAAACUCCCCAGCACACCGUGACUUGAUCGCUAAAGAAGGGAGCAGCAUGGUAAUAGAAUGUAACCUUAACACCACUCAAAAUGGAGAUAUUGUGUGGUUUAACUCCAAAGGACAUCCACUGAGAGAGAUAGAAGGAGGAGGAAAAUGGCUGAUUUUAUCCAGUGGAGCUCUAAAUAUAACAAGUGUUACCUUUGCUGAUCGUGGACAGUAUACCUGUAUGUGCCCUGCUGAAAAUGGCACCUUAUUCUAUACAGUUACUCUCAGGGUCACCUUCACUUCAGGGGACAUGGGUAUCUACUAUGUGAUUGUCUGCUUGGUCACUUUUACCAUCACCCUGAUUAUGAACAUCACCCGACUAUGUAUGAUGAGCAGCCAUCUGCGUAAAACGGAAAAAGCUAUUAAUGAUUUUUUCCGAACAGAAGGAGCAGAAAAACUUCAGAAAGCCUUUGAGAUAGCCAAACGCAUCCCUAUUAUAACAUCUGCUAAGACUUUGGAGCUGGCUAAAGUAACCCAAUUUAAAACAAUGGAACUUGCUCGUUAUAUAGAAGAAUUGGCCCGCAGUAUCCCUCUUCCUCCACUUAUUUUCAAUUGCAAAGCAUUCAUGGAAGAGAUGUUUGAAGCUGUGAGGUUAGAUGAUCCUGACCAGGUUGAGAAGGAGAAUGGAGGUGGUAUUUACACAAUCAAUCCCCAGCUGCCACGCAGCGGAUCACCUUCUGGUGACUCUGAUGACAGUUCUGUCAAUGGGCAAGAGAUAGCUGUAAAUGUUUCUGUCCACCCUCAAUUAGAAACUCAUAGUAUCCACACCAACAACUCCCAAGACAGCUAUCCCAUAACCGUUCCCGAGGAAGUCAUUGCUAUGCUAGAUCCAAACCCUGCAUUAGAAGAUAAUGCACAAGUCUCCUCUGAGUCUUAAAUUUUACCUCAAGUCUGUUACAUUGUAACUUUUUCUGAAUCAUUGUGUGAAAAUCCUGUGCUGUAUUGAUCAUUCAUCGGGCAGAGAUACAAAGUUCACAAUAUGCGUUAUGUUUUGCCACAUAUACAAAUUUUAUGCCAGUUUCAUUUCCACAGGUUAUAUUUUUUUUAAAUGAGAUUUACUGAAA